AUGGGCCCCUCUGGGGCCACCUCAUAUGGAAGUGCUGUGGUGCACUUUGUUGCAUGGCACAGUGAUGGCACAGAACCCUCUCACAUGCACAGUAAGGAUGAAGGCAAUUUUUUCCGUGGAUAUGAGUGGUGGCUUAUGAAAGAAGCCAAGAAGAGAAAUCCAAACAUCAAGCUGAUUGGUCUUCCCUGGGCAUUUCCGGGAUGGGUUGGAGAAGGAACCCAAUGGCCUUACUUCUUUCCAAAUGUUACUGCUGACUAUGUUGUUACAUGGAUCUACGGAGCAAAGCAGCAUCAUAACCUUGAAAUUGAUUAUAUUGGGAUAUGGAAUGAAAAAAAAUAUGAUCCAGUAUACAUCAAGGUGCUGAGAGAUACUUUGGACAGAGUUGGUUAUACAAAUGUCGGCAUCAUUGCUGCAGACGGAGACUGGUCCAUUGCAGCUGCCAUGCUGGAGGAUCCAUAUCUGAAUGAUGCUGUUGAGGUGAUAGGGUAA